GCGAUAAUUCCCUCACGUCACGUGUCACGGAUGCCCUUCCAUUCUGCGAGAGCAAACAUGGCUGCACUCUUGAGAUCAGCCCGGCUGCUCAGAAUUUCGCCUUCUGGUCUGCGUCACAUCACAGGAACCAACAGGACCGGGUCGACUCCUUGUCUGUUCUACAGCGGAACCCCCAGCAGAACCAGGAACGGAGUCUUGUCCAGAUUUAUCGGCCCUGCUUUAAGAAAUGGCCCCAGCAGUGCUGUGUGGACGUCUCCUGUGGGCUGUGGCCGCAGCUAUGCUGUAGCUGCAGAUGAGAGAGAAGAUGCCAGCAGCGCCCUGCUGUCUCAGCAGUUUGACUUGUCUCUGACCAGGUUGGACACGUCUGUGAGGAAGACAGGACGGAUCACCAAGACACUGCUGCUGAGCAUCUUCCAUGACAUUUGCAAGACAGGGUAUCCCAGUGGCAACCUGGCUCUGUUGUUACUGCGCAGCUGUGGCUCACUGCUGCCUGAGGUUCCUUUGGACCAGCGCACGGCGUUGGCCCACCAGGUGUGGGAGAAGCUGCAGGGGUUGGGUGUGAAGUUUGACGUCAGCCACUACAACGCUCUGCUCAAGGUUUACCUGCAGAAUGAGUUCCAGUUCUCGCCCUCCGACUUCCUGGACAAGAUGGGAGAAGCUAAUGUGCAGCCCAACAGGGUCACCUAUCAGAGACUGAUAGCAGCCUAUUGUCAAACUGGAGACAUGGAGGGAGCGAGCACCAUACUGGGCUUCAUGAAGACCAAAGAUCUCCCCAUCACUGAGGCGGUCUUCAACUCUUUAGUGACCGGACAUUCUCGAGCUGGUGACAUCGAGGGAGCUAAGAACAUCCUGUCUGUGAUGCGCACGGCGGGACUUGAACCAAGUCCUGACACUUAUGUGUCCCUCCUCAGCGCCUACGCUGAACAUGGAGACCUGGACAGCCUGAAAACGACCAUGGCUGAAGCUGAGUCGGCCGACUGUGAGUUCACCCACAGAGACAUGGCCCAGGUCAUUCACAGCAUGGUCCGGGCGGGGCACCAGCAGCAUGUCCCUCAUCUGGUUGAGCACUUCAAGUCCAGUCAUGGAAGCUUGCCAGAUACCAUGAACCUGUGUUUGAGCCUCGUCACUCAGGGCCACCACGACACCAGUUUCCACAUCCUGAAGACUUUCUGCACCCAGGCGGACGACACUCUCCGCCGGGACUCCAUCCUCCUGUCGUCCCUCUUCCUCAAACACUGUGUGAACGUGGACCUGCCCCUGACAACGAUCCAGGGCUACUGUCAAGAACUUGGUGACACGGGGAUGCACACUUCUGCGCUGACCUUUGCUCUGUCCUGUGCUCUGGAGGCCAAGAAAACCGAUGUGUCUAUGGAGAUGAUGAAGCUGAUGAAGGAGCAGGACCUACCCAUAAGGCCACACUACUUCUGUCCUCUCCUGGUUCAAACUCUAAAGGACAAGAAUGUAGCAGGGAUGGUGGAGGUGCUGAAGAAGAUGCAGGACCUGGGUCUGUCUCCUGACGCUGACAUGCUGUACACCUUCAUCCUGCCGCUGUUCCCCAACAGAAACGCAGCUCGAAAGGCCCUGAUGGACACGGGCGUCCUUGGAGACUGCAAGGCCAUACUGGCCGUUGACGUCCCCUCCAUGGCCAUGAACAACUUGGCCGAACUCUACGACCUGUUGUCAGACCCCUCCAGCCCCCCAGUGAAUCACAACACUUUUCGUGCCGGUCUCAUCCAGGGCUUCAGAGGGUCUGAUGAUGUGGAGAGCAUGGUAAAGCUGACUGAGCUCAUCUACAGAGACGACCGCUUCACCAGGCCAAACUCCGACCCAGCUGAAACAACAUCGUACUUUUUGUACAAUUUCUUUGAGAGAAUGACUGAGGAGGAGGUGCAUCAGAACAAGGACAAACUGAGGAAGUACCUGAAGAUGCUCCGGGCUCAGAACAUCAACAUUCCCACCAACAUCUACAGAGGCAUCAAAACUCUCCUGGAGAAGUACCAUGUCCCAGAGCUCACCAAGGAUGUGAUGGCUCUGGUGGACCAACAGGAGGCUGCAGCAGCUCUCACUGACCCCAAGGUCCUGGAGCAGAAGUUGGUCCAGCUGAAAGCUGCCAACAAACCAUUUGGAAGAACCCUGUACAGAACCAUCGUGGUUCUGUGUGAGGAGGAGAACCUGCAGCAGGCCCUGCAGCUGAAGCAGCAGCACGAGGACCAGAUGACGGCCGAGAUCUACAGCGUCCUGAUCCGAGCAUGCAGUCGUCACGACGACCACCUGGAGGUGGCGCUGAAGCUGAAGAAAGAGAUUGAUCAGAAGGAUCCGUCUAUGGUUCUGGAAGCCAGUGCUUACCUUUCCCUGGUGAGGGUGCUCUCCAAGGACGGCAGAGUUGAGGGGGCUCUGGACGUCCUGACAGAGAUGAAACAGAAGGAGGUGGUCCUCAAUAAGACCCACUCCUCACUCUUCCACACACUGAACAGUCUGGUCACCAAAGGCGAGGCCCCCGUCAUCCAGCAGCUGCUGGACACCAUCGUGACCCUGGGACUGGCCAAGCCCAGCAGCAGUCUGUGCGCGCCCCUGGUCACCGUCUACCUGAACAGGAAGGACCUGUCCGGGGCUCUGGACAUGGCCAUGCAGUGUCAGGAACGUUACCAAGUCUUUCCACGUGUUCACGACGUCCUGGUCGGUUUGAUAGAAAAUGGAGAAAAAGAACUUCUGCAGAAAGCCAUUGAAUUUGCGACUGAGAGGCGAGGCGAGAUGAAUGCACUCUAUGAUCUGCUCUUUGCAUUUCUGGAUGCAGGUCAAUAUAAGGAGGCGCGGAAGAUUGUUGAGACUCCAGGACUGAGGGCCAAGUCUUCACGACUGCAGUGGUUUGCAGAGAAAUGUAUUGUUAACAACAAGGUGGAGGCGCUGGAGCAGAUGGUGGACAUGACGUCCAAGCUGUUUGAGUGUGACAGAGAUGAGAUGUUCUCCUACCUGCUCCGCUUGUACGGGAAAUCAAACAACUGGGAGAAGGCCGAGGGGGUGUGGCUUAAGAUGCAGGAGGACACGGUGAUUCCCAGGGAGAGGACCCUGCGUCUGCUGGCAGACAUCCUGAAGGCUAAUGGCCAGGAGGUGCCCUUUGAGGUGCCUGAGACGUGGUACGAAGAGAGAUCCACCGCAGAACAUCUGAAGGCAGAACCGACGCGCAGCUCUGUUGAAGAUGAGGCUCAGACCAAGAUGAAACAAGAGUUCUCUGAAGACACGGCCAAGUUCCAGGCUCAUCUGUUGUCCCUGUGUAGGAAGGGCAAGGCCAAAGAGGCCUUUGAGAUCCUGAAACAGAGGAGCGGUGAGACUCUUAGCUCCAGCUGCUACGACCAGCUGAUCUGUGGACUGUUGUCCAAAGGAAAGUAUGAAGACGCCAUGGAGGUGAAGGACAUUGCUUCAUCCCACAUACCUGACUUCAGUCUGACUAACGUAUCCAACUCUCUGCUCAUCGUCACCCUCAGCAAGAAAGACCUGGUCGAAGAUGCUCUUGACUUGCUGAGGUCCAUGGUACAGAUGGACAUGGAGCCCUCGCAGCUGUCCAUCAGUUCACUGGUUCAGGCCCAGGGUCGGCGUGGUGAUCUGGCCGCCAUCCAGGAAGUGGAGUCUCUGAUGGGGAGCAGUGGCAUCAACAUGACGUUCGUCAACAACAAGGCCAUGGCACACACCAAGAAUGGUGACCUGGACUCAGCCGUAGACCUGCUGGAGUCGGUCUGUACCAGUCCAGACUCCAAUCCCAGGUUGUACACUGCUUUCCAAAGGAUCCUGGACGUUGGCGACGACAAGGCUUUAGACAAAUUGAGUGUUCUGACGGAGCGACUGGCCAAUCACUUUUCCUGCUACAGACCAAUCACAGACCUGUUUGUCCUGCUGCUGGACCAGGGCCGAGUGGACGAGGCCACGUUCAUGCUAAAUCGCUGCCCUGCCCUGGCUGAACAGAAGGACUGGAUGUUUUCUAACAUAACCUCGAAGGCCUUGAAUCGUGGAAAGCCAACCACCAUCCUGCACCUGUUGAACCUGAUCCCUGACUUCACAGACGAGGAGAAGGAGAAGUUGUUUACCUACCUGAUGAAAUAUCACGUUCUGGAGAAGGACCUGUCGUCGGCCAAGUCGGUGUUUGAACAGAUGAAGGCGGAGAAGGUCACGGUGAAUGAACUGACGCUCAAACGACUGGCUUCACUGUACACAGAGGCUGGAGAGACCCCGCCAUUUACAGAGCCCCCCAUGAGUUAUAGGUUCUACGCAGAUAAACUGAAGGACAAAAGUUCCAGCAUAGUCGAGUUGACAACGGAGGAAUAAGGACAACCUCCCCCGCCCCCUCCUCCCAUCAGCCCCCACUCUUCACUGUCUCUAUCGUGUCUUUUUUUUUUUUUUUGUAUUAAAGUUAAAGUAUAAAGUUGACCAUGACCUGAAGUGGUUAUUAAACCAUGACGUCACAGAUCGUGAUGAUGUCGACAGUGGACAGAAGAACUGGGACAAAUCAUUGUUCUGCUCAUAAUGCACUGAUUUGUUGUAGUUUGUGAAAAGACGUUUUAAAAUGUGAGUCAUUAAAACCAGCAGAUGGCA